UGAAAGUACUUUAUGAGUCAUGGAGUACCACAGGGCUCUGUCCUCUGCCCACAAUGGACUUAAAUCCGAGUGGGUGUCAAAGUUUGAGUAUUUCUGCAAUUUCCCGCAAAAAAAUUUGUGUUGCGAGGGCUCGUUCGUCACUACUAGCAUCUUUGGUUUUAGAUGUGUUUGCGUGUUUUCUAGUGGUGAAGAAAAUCUGUUUAUCUUGUUCAUAUUCACACGAAAAUCAAAACAGAAGCUGGAAAACGCUUAUCUUUGGUAAGGUCAAAAGCGCUUGUACGUAUGUCAUUUGGCUGUCCAGCACAUGAUGUGAUGGCGUAACGCAGCGUCAGCCCUGGGAUCAAUGUUUGGGGGGCCCUUUCUGCAGCAUUUCCACGCCUUAAAUGUAACAUUUCCAAACGCAGCGUUGUUGUUGUUGUUGACCUUUGGCAGCUAUCCGCCGCCCCCACCCCGUUUAAAAAGCUCCUGGAUUUCCACUCCUUAACAAUGGCCUGUCCCGUCCCCGUCCCUCCUCCAGGGGCGGAAAGGGCCGCCGCCGUUGAAAAGUUUCGAAGACAGAUAUCGGAGAGAACAAUGGUCAAGGAUAAGGCAGGGAUCCAAACACAAGGGAUCCCAUCGUGAUUACUGUUAAUAAUUACAGCCGGGAGUAGCGACCGCGGCGUAAUUUAUCGAUGGCAGAACGGCCGCCCGUCACAGUUGCGAUCCGAACGCUGGAGGAGGAGGAAGAGGAAGAGGAAGAAAGGCCGGUGGGGAGUUUGGAUUUGUAGCAAUCAGUCAGAAGCAGCAGCACCACCACCACCACCACCAGCAGCAACAACAGGUCCUCGGAGGUCGCGUGAGCCGCAGUCAUGCAAGCGGGGGCCGGCCGGUACGUGGUGGCGCGCUCGCUGUAUUCGGAGGAGUCGUUCGCCAAGGACCACGAGAAGGUUUACAGGCAGCGCAAGAGCACGUUGGACCACGUCAAGCAGUACUUCACGUGUGAUGCCAAACGCGCCAAAAACGUCGCUUUGUCUCUCCUGCCGAUCAUCGGCUGGCUGAAGAUCUACCGAGUCAAAGAAUGGCUGCUGAGCGAUAUCGUGUCGGGCGUCAGCACGGGACUGGUCGCUGUCCUGCAAGGUUUGGCCUACUGUCUCCUGGCCUCACUUCCACCCUGGUACGGCCUCUUCUCCGCUUUCUUCCCCGUGGUCAUCUACUUUUUCCUGGGAACGUCCAGACACAUCUCGGCGGGUCCCUUCCCGGUGCUGUGCCUGAUGAUCGGCUCGUCGGUCACCCGGCUGGUACCGGACGAAAGCCCGGCCGCUAACAUCACCGGUUUUGAAGGGCUCAGCAAGGAUGAGCAGAGAGUGUUGGUGGCGUCGUCUGUGACGUUCCUGGUCGGCAUCAUGCAGCUGGCGAUGGGCAUUCUGCAGGUGGGCUUCGUGGUGAUGUAUCUGUCGGACACUCUGGUGUCGGGCUUCACCACCGCGGCCGCCAUUCACAUCCUGGUGUCCCAGCUGAAGUUUGUGCUGGGACUGCAAGUCCCCGGAAUGAGCGGACCGCUCUCCAUUAUAUACACUUUGGAGGUCAUCUUCAACAAGAUCCAGUCCGCCAACGUUUGCGACGUGGUCAUCUCUUUGGUGAUCAUGGUGGUGGUUUUUGUGGUGAAGGAGCUGAAUGACCGUUUUAAAGCCAAGUUGCCGGUUCCCAUCCCAAUUGAGGUCAUCAUGACCGUCAUCGCGUGUGGCGUUUCGUACGCGUUCGACUUCAGGACCAAGUACGGCGUGGACGUCGUGGGUCAUAUUCCGAAGGGCUACGAGCCUCCGAUGGCCCCCAACCUGCACAUCUUCCAAGAGACGGCCAUGGAGGCCUUCCCGAUGGCCAUCGUGGGCUUCGCCGUGGCCUUCUCCGUCGCUAAAGUCUAUUCUGUGAAACACGACUACACCAUCGAUGGAAACCAGGAACUGAUCGCUUUUGGAGUCAGCAACAUUUUCGGAGCGUCUUUCAAGUCUUUCGCAGCCAGUACGGCUCUGUCCAGGAGUGCAGUGCAGGAAAGUACUGGGGGCAAAACUCAGAUAGCCGGCCUGCUCUCGGCCGUCAUGGUGAUGACCGUCACCUUGGCGGUGGGUUUUCUCCUGGACCCCCUGCCGAAGUCCGUGCUGGGCGCCGUGGUCAUCGUCAACCUGAAGGGAAUGCUCAUGCAGUUUCGGGAGGUGCCCUACCUGUGGAGGCGGGACAAGCCGGACUGCGUGGUGUGGUUGGGCACGUGCGUCGCAGCCAUCCUACUGGGGUUGGAUCUGGGUCUGGCCGCAGGUCUGGGCGUGGAACUCCUCAGCGUCGUCCUCAGGGUUCAGUUCCCUCGCUGCAGCGUGCUGGCCAACAUCCACAGUACUGACAUCUACAAGGACAGGAAGGACUACCUUGACAUAUACGAGCCGGAAGGAGUGAAAAUAUUCCGAAUCCCGUCGCCAAUAUUCUUUGCCAAUAUCGAUUUCUUCAGGAGCAAACUGGUGGAAGCUGUGGGAUUUAAUCCACUGAGGAUCCUGAGGAAGCGGAAUAAGGCGCUGCGCUUGAUCCGGAAACUUCUAAAGAAAGGUUAUGUGCAGUGGACGCCGAACGGCUUCCUGAACACCUCGUGCGGCCCCGUCAAGGAGUCGGCGGAAGCCGAGAGCGACGCCGAGGAACUGGACCUGCCCACGGACUUCAAGGAGCUGCCGGGCCGCGUGGACUGGAACGGCGAGCUUCCCGCCGGCAUCAUUGUUCCCCGGGUGGACCUGCACAGUCUGGUGCUGGACUUCGCGGCCGUCUCCUUCCUGGACGUCUCCGCUCUCAAGGGUCUCAAAGCGGCGCUCAAAGAGUUCAUCCGCGUGGAGGUGGACGUCUACAUUGUGGCCUGUGAUGCUUACAUCCUGGAGAAACUGCACCACUGCAGCUUCUUUGAUGACGAAGUGGGGCCGUCCAUGUUCUUCCUGACGCCGCACGACGCCGUGCUGCACAUCCUGAGCAAACAUCCCGAGCGCUGGCAAAACAAGUCCGGCUACGACAAGAUUCUAACGUCGGUAACGGCGCACCAUCCCGGAGGAGGUCUCAGGAGCAGAGAUCGAAAUGCGCCAGCUCCAGAAACCAGGUUGUAACUUCUGAAUGAUGACUUAUUGGGGGGGGGGGGGGGGGGAAAAUCAGCCAGACCAAAGGAUAUUUUUAUUUUUUGUGGUAUAUGUAUAAAUGUCAGUUUUAUUUUUUUGAAGAUGAGCUUAUCUGAGCAGAGUGCACUUAUCUGAAAUUCUUUUGACUUGACAGUGUGUAGGCCUUGUACAUGUGUGCCAAGAGGAAAUUUGUUGUUUUCAUAUUGUAUAUAGCAAAAACGUGGAUGUCUUGCAAUGGAUUUUUUUCUGCUUCAUAGUUCUAUAUUUUCAGGGUAAGUGGAAUAAAAUAAUUGUUUUGGAACUUCUUGGAGAAAUUGUGAAAUUUCUGGGUGUGGUGUAGUCUCUUGGCUGGAAAAAUGUCACCUCAAAUUGGGGAAGGUGAAAGCGACGACUCUGCUAGACAGCGUCCUGGCCACCAGUCAGCACAAUCCAGCUGCGUCUUUCGUGACCUCGGAGGUCAACCAGCAAAAUCAUUCAGCGGAGGAUGUUGUUGCAGUUGCCGCUUCUUCCCAGCAGAGGGCGAUUUCCUCCUGUUUGGCCA